CCGAGCCGCCUUCUUGGAACCUGAUUGGCUUUUGUGGCAACCGCUAACGGCUCCGGAAUUCAAACUGGAGCUUUGGCCGAGGGCGCGGGGCUCCGGGAGCUUGGUGGUGGUGACCCCACGCUGAGAAAGCGUGAUGGAGUACCCAGUGAGGGAAAGUGGAUCACUUCUUUCCUCAGGAAUUAAGAAACAUGUGAAAGACAAAAGAAUGUCAAAGACUGCUAAGCUGAAUGUUUCUCUUGCCUCCAAAAUCAAAACAAAAAUAAUAAACAAUUCUUCUAUUUUCAAAAUAUCUUUAAAGCACAACAACAGGGCACUAGCUCAGGCUCUUAGUAGAGAGAAAGAGAAUUCUCGAAGAAUUACAACAGAAAAGAUGUUAUUGCAAAAAGAAGUGGAAAAACUGAAUUUUGAGAACACAUUUCUUCGCCUAAAGCUAAAUAAUUUGAAUAAGAAGCUAAUAGAAAUAGAAGCACAAGUGAACAAUAACUUGAUAACUGCGAUCGAAAUGAGCACUCUUUCUGAGUUCCAUCAGAGUCCCUUUGUACUGCCAGCCAGCAAGAAUAAAUGUGUUAGUAAACAGUGCAAAUCGAUGCGUCUUCCAUUUGCAAGGGUUCCAUUAACUUCAAAUGAUGAUGAUGAUGAUGAUGAAGAUAAAGAGAAAAUGCAAUGUGACAACAACAUUAUAUCAAAUGUGUCAUCUGAUGUUCCUUCUUCAGUAUCAACAAGGCAGGCUUUAUCAACUCAGUAUAAUUUGGAAUUAUUAUGUCUUACAGAAAAUAAUCAAAAUGUGUGUGCUUUAGAUGAUUCAGAACAUAUUUCUUCCAAUGUUGAUAUACUUCCCAAAGAAAGCUAUUCUCACUCAGACCAGGGUUCCAAGAGUUCUCUAAUGGGUGAGAUGAAAAAUUCCCAGGCUAUCAGCCACAGAGAGGAGAAACAGUCUCUUAGUAACAUAACUAAAAGGAAAAGGCAUGCAUCAUUUCUGGAAUCAAAUAAUCCUUCUUCAGACAAUCCUUGUGUGACUCGUUUAGAUCAACAAGGGAUUUCAAACGCAGAAUUAAAUUGGAAUAAUGAGAUAAAUGAUCGUACUAAUGAAAUGAAUAUUAAAAUGCAAGGAAACACACAGUGCCUUCCUGGCUCAUCUGAGUCUGCAAGUGAGCCUACUGCACAGUGCAUGAAUCAAGUUCAGGGUAAUGAUGACUUUCAAUGGCAGAAAACUGUGUAUGAUUCUGAUAUGGAUUUAACUGCUAGUGAAGUAAGUCAAAUUGUUACGGUUUCAAAAGGCACUAAAAAUAAAUGUAAUAAAACAUCGAAUGACUGUGGAAUCAAAACUUUUAGAAAAGUGAAAGAUUCAAGCUCUGACAAAAAGAGAAUAAGAUCAAAGAGACAGAUUAAAAAUAAUUCAGAAAUGAAUGUAGAGGAAAAGACUGAAAAUAAACCAGAAAAAAGAUCUGUUGGCUUGAAUGGCAACAGGGAUUCAGAAAAUCCAAAUUUUAUCUUCAAUACUGAACAGCUGACUCAGUUGAAUAUACUGAAGACAAUAAACCCUCACAGUGACUUCGAUCAAGAUAACAUACAAAGCACAGAGGAUAGUAAGAAGAAAAGAGUACAUGCAACAAAUGAGCAAGAGGAAACAUGCUCUUUCUCCCAAAAUUCAGAUAAAUUUCAGUGGGAAAGUAAAUUUAAUACGGGUCAAAGUUCUCUAGCUUGUAAUAAAAAUAAAGCUUCUAGACAGACAUUUGUGAUUCAGAAAUUAGAAGAAGGUCACUUAUUCCUAAAUCAAAAGGAUAAAGAAACCAUUUCUGAAAACCUGGAAGUCACAGGUAAAUUUCAAACAGCUGAUCUCUCCACCAAACAUAAUGGAAAUUUAUGUGAUUUUGAGACCCAAAAUAUGUUGGAUUUGAAAAAGGAUGUCACUGAUACACAACCUGCUCAACAAAAUGAAUCAAAAAUAAAUAAGAAGCUUAGGCAGAAAGUAAAUCGGAAGACACAAAUAAUUUCUGAAAUGGACCAAAUAUACAGGGAUAAUGAUAAAGAUGAGCAAGGCCCACCAAAAGGUAACUUUUCCAUCCAAACCCAAGAGGGUAAAGAAAUCAUCUCUGGAAACCUAGAAAACCCAAGUGAGCUUCCAAUACCUUCCCUUUCUACCAAAAAUAGUGGAAGCCUAUAUGAUUAUGAGACUCAAAAUAUUUUGAGGGUGAAAAAGUAUGUCCAUGAUAUGCAACCUGCUUGUCAAAAUGAAACAAAAAUAGAUAAGAAGCUUAGGCAAAAGGUACGUCGGAGGACAGAAAUAAUUUCAGAAAUCAACCAAGUACAUGAAAAUAAUGACAAAUAUAGUCAUGACCCAGAAAGGGGUAACUUAUUUUCUCUAAUCCAAAAAGAUAAAGAGCUCAUUCCUGAAAACCUAGAGGACUCAAAUGAGCUUCAGGUAGCUGAUCCUUCCACCAGAGGAAAUAGGAACCUCUGUAGUUAUGAUACUGAAAACAUUUUGGGGGAGAAAAAGCAAGUUACUGAUAUGCCACCUGCAAAGCAAAAUGAAUCAAAAAUAAAUAAGAGGCUCAGGGAUAAAGGAAGUCGGAAAACAGAAAUAAUUUUAGAAAUGAACCAAAUAAAUGAGUUUAAUAACAAAGGUGUGCAUGACUCAGUAAAAGGUAACAACUUUUCCCUCACCCAAAAGGAUAAAGAGAGUAUUUCUGAAAACUCAGAAGUCACAAAUGAAUUUCAAACAGCUUAUCUUUCUACUAAAGAUAAUGGAAAUUUAUAUGAUUACGAGACCCUGAAUAUGUUGAAUUUGCAAAACCAUGUAACUGAGAUGCAACCUGCUCAGCAAAAUGAUUCAAAAACAAAGAAGAAGCUUAGGCAGAAAGUGAAUCGGAAGACACAAAUAAUUUCGGAAAUGAACCAAAUAUAUAGGGAUAAUGACGAAGACAUGCAUGGCCUACAAAAUGACACAAGAGAUUACAAUUUUAAAAUAAAUGAAUCUAAACAGAGACUUGGAUGCCAAGGUAUUAUCAGUGGAUACUGUAUUGAAAUCAAUAGUAAUGAAAAAGAAAAUUGUGAGCAAAUUUCAAAUCCUUAUAAAGUUAAAAAGCAUGGGAAAAAAUCAGGCAAGACAAAGGACAUUUUGGCACAAGGUAAAAACAAACCUAUUUUUCAGUUAGAUUCUUUACAGACAUCUCUCUCCUUAGAAUCAGGUUUAAAAUAUGUUACGAAUGAAACAGAUUCUGAUUCUGGAAACCAAAUGGAAGCACCUAAGAAUACAACUCUGACUAAAAAGAGAGAUGAUCCCUGUGCAGAAGUGAUAAAAGGAGAGUGCCAAGUGAAAAGAAUAAGUAAAAAGACAUCCCAGUCAAAGAAAAGGAAGACGUGCAUAGCUCCUUCUCCAGAUAGCCAUGAAGUAAUGCAGAUAAUACCUGACCCCAGUCAGAGAGUAUCAGCUGAAACUGACCAAGCUGAUGAGGGGAAAAACUUGGAAAAUCAGAAAAUUAAGCCAGACUUUAAUUCAAAGGUGUUUAAUUCUUUAUCUCAGAUAUAUUCACCCAACAUACAAGAUUCUUUCCUUAACAAUGUUCAUGAGGGUUCAAGACCUUUGCGUAUUUCUUCUAGUAAAAAUCUGAUAAUGAAAGAAAAUUUCACCCGGGAUGGCUCACCAGUCUUCCAAGUAAGUGAUGAUAUGCAGAAGACAACAGGCGUGAAAGUUAAAGUCACCCAGAGAACACAAACAUCAGGUGGUAGAACACUACAGGACUUGACAAAUACCAAUUUUGUUUCAAACAACACUGUUACAUUUGAAAAUAAUUCAGAAGAUCUGUCUUUAGAGCUGCCAAGCCGAAGAAGAAGGUGCACUCCUCUCCAUUUCAAGGAGCCGAGUCUCAGGGACAAGAUGAGAAGAUGAGGUGAAUUUAUGGAUUCUGGAUUUUCUGAAUUCUGAAAUCAUAACAAAUCAAACACAGAAAUAACUAGGAGAAGAGGAAAUACAUGAUGAAAAGUUUGGGUGGUUGUUUUUUUCUGCCUUUUCAUGGAGUGCUGACUUACCCAUCUUUUUAUGUUUAGAUAUAUGUGCAUAAAAUAGUUGUGUUGUAAUAUUACAUUUUAUUACAAAAUUUAAAAUCAUUUUGGUUAUCCUGUAACUUAUCUUCCUGUUCAUUCAGCUUUUCAACCUAAGAGACUUGAACUAAAUUACAGUAGCUGUUAACUUUUAACCAAAUAAAAUGUAUUAUAAAUACUC